AUAUAUCGUUGCUUUGAGGUGCUGUCACACUUAGACGGAGAUAACAAUCGAAACAAUGGCUCGUCCAUCUAAAAGAYUGGCCUUGUUACUUUGCCURAUUGUUCUUCAUCAAGACUUUAUUCAGGCGCGUUCCAGCUACAAUGAACAUCUUGUUGCGUCUGCACGAAUGAUGCAUGAAGACAUGGACGAUGAAGCUCACGAAUUUGGAAACACUAUCAAAGAUGUUGAGGCCCGACACAAUAUUACUAUAAGAUCAGACAUUGGAAGGCCACUUAACAGAGGAAAAAGUAUGUAUUGUGCCCAAUUAUAUUUUAUUACCUCUUCAUUAAAAUGGUCUCCUAGUCACAGAGCACGUGGAUCUGCCCACAAUAAAGAUAUAUAGAAAACUUUUCUCAAUUUUAGCCUUUACUUUGAAAAGUACUCGUGACUAAACGUUUCUAACGAGACGUGGGUAAACGAAAAAUUCCGCCAUCAUACAAUGUAAGGCGUAAUAAGGAUGGAGCAUCACAAAAUCUUCCCGUAUGGCCAAAUGACUUCAAAUAAGAAAAAAUGAAAUGCUGAAUAUAUUUUGAUUGAGUAGAACUACACUCUGUAUAUUUAAUUAAUGCUUCAUUAAAGGAAAUCCAACACUCUCCACAAGAAGACCAAAURGUGAAAUGCUAGUUGGGCAAGCAAUGUUUGAUKAGUUUAGAACGUCUUCAAAAUAGAGCAGCUAGGAUAGUUAACAAGUGUUCGCGUUCUGUACCAGCACUUGAAAUGCUWAAGUGGCCUGCUCUAG